AUGCACGCCUUUGGUGGCUGCAGUGAGUUUGAAAGCGGAAGAGCAGCCGCUCUCGCAAAUUUGGGUUUUGUCGCUCUUGCCGCCGAUGUCUAUGGAAAAGACAAGAAAGGAGGCAGUGUACAGGAAAAUUUUGCUCUGAUGAAACCACUCGUAGCCGAUAGGAUGGGCGUUCUGAAGAAACGUCUGCUAGCCGCCGUAAACGCUGUACGCAGCUUACCGGAGGUAGACCAGGACAGGGUACACCACGGAGAUGCCGACAGUCACAUACCGGCCGCUGCGGUUAACGACUUCAUGCAAGAACAAAAAAAAUGGGACAGAAAGCCGACGGAUCGCUGGACGUCCAUGGCAAUGCGCCGACAGCGGCUUAACUGA